CAAAUCAUUCAACUAAAGCACUAUUUCCAUUACAAUCAAGUUAUUCUAAAGUAACUACUAAUUGUUGCCAAACUGGUCUUUGUAGAUGUCAAGAUUUAUUUGAAAAAAUAGAAUUAUCAUGA